GGCGCAAAUGAGCUUCCACAGCUGCACGUGUUUUCGGCAUGAGCCCGACUGCAGCACGCGGCUCCGCCAGAGGAGGCGCCUCGGUGCUCAACAGUUUCUUCUCUUCCUCGAUCAGCUCGAGUGCAGCUGCUGGCUGCUGCUGGCAGUUUUACGCGAGGAACUCCCGAACUACUUCGGCAACCCGUUAUAACGGUCGACAUGGGGACCGAGGAAAUAAUCAAGCGUUUUCUUAAGAAAAGAUGAAGAUAGCCGAUACACCGUAAGACUGAGUGAGUUUCAGGUUUCACACCAUGUGAUGAUCACCCGGGACGUGUGAACUUAUUUAAGAACUCCUGUGUUCAGAAGAUUUUCUGAUUCCAGUGGAAUCUUUCAUUUUUUUUUUCCAUCUAUUAUUCCCCUUUUGUUAAAUGACACACCCAGUCGCGCGCACAUCCAGGAGAAACCCCCCCACCCUUGUUUACAUGUAGAACAACUUUGCUACGAUGCCUGUACAAGCUCCACAAUGGACAGAGUUUUUACUGUGCCCCAUAUGCACCCAGACGUUCGAGGAGACGGUGCGUCGGCCCAUCAGUCUGGGUUGCGGCCACACCGUUUGCAAGAUGUGCCUCAACAAACUGCACCGCAAGGCUUGUCCCUUUGACCAGACGGCCAUCAAUACUGACAUCGAGCAGCUGCCCGUCAACUCAGCCCUUUUACAGCUGGUCGGGGGUCAGGUGUCCAAACAGCAACCUGUGGCGCUCAUUACAUGUCCAGAGGACACCAAGCAUUAUGAUGAGGCACGGCAGUGUGUUGAGGAGCUGGCCCUCUACCUCAAACCCCUCAGCAGUGCACGAGGAGUGGGGUUGAGUAAUGCUGCUCAAAGCAUGCUGAGCCGUCCCAUGCAGAGGAAGCUGGUGACUCUGGUGCACUGUCAGCUGGUGGAAGAGGAAGGACGGGUCAGGGCCAUGCGGGCGGCCCGUUCUCUGGGCGAAAGGACUGUUACUGAGCUCAUUUUGCAGCACCAAAACCCCCAGCAGCUCUCCUCCAACCUGUGGGCUGCAGUCAGAGCCAGAGGCUGCCAGUUCCUGGGCCCCGCCAUGCAGGAGGAGGCACUAAAGCUGGUGUUGUUGGCCUUGGAAGACGGAUCUGCUCUUUCCAGGAAGGUUUUGGUCCUCUUUGUGGUCCAGAGACUAGAACCAAGAUUUCCUCAGGCCUCCAAAACCAGUAUUGGACAUGUAGUUCAGCUCCUCUACCGUGCCUCCUGCUUCAAGGUGACUAAGCGAGAUGAGGAUUCAUCGCUCAUGCAGUUGAAAGAGGAGUUCCGCACAUAUGAGGCACUUCGGAGGGAACACGACUCUCAGAUUGUUCAAAUCGCAAUGGAGGGAGGCCUCCGCAUCGCCCCCGAUCAGUGGUCUUCUCUGCUGUAUGGAGACCAGUCUCAUAAGUCUCACAUGCAGUCCAUCAUUGACAAGCUGCAGACCCCGGCGUCAUUUGCUCAGAGUGUGCAGGAGCUGACCAUCGCACUGCAGAGGACGGGUGACCCUGCCAAUCUCAACCGGCUGAGACCUCACCUCGAAUUGCUUGCUAACAUUGACCCUAGUCCAGAUGCUCCUCCUCCUACCUGGGAGCAGCUGGAGAAGGGGCUGGUGGCAGUAAAGACGGUGGUGCACGGCCUAGUGGACUUCAUUCAGAACCACAGCAAGAAGGGUGCCGACACGCAGCAGCCACCACAGCACAGCAAAUACAAGACGUACAUGUGCAGAGACAUGAAGCAGAAAGGAGGCUGUCCCAGAGGAGCCAGCUGUACCUUCGCCCAUUCUCAGGAGGAGCUGGAAAAGUACCGUAAAAUGAACAAACGUCUUGCUGCACGAGUGCCCUGCACCCCUGGCCUGCUGCCUGAGGACGUGGUCACGCUGGAGCCUGGGCGAAAGGCCUCUAUGCAUACCAACGGGGGCCCUCUUCCCCAGCUCAUCCCCAGAGGCACAGACCCCUCCACAUAUGACCUCUUACUCAAGCCCAAGAUGGACGCCACUAGCCUGAGUGCUCCUGGGUCGCCACCUGACUCUUUGGAUAAAUGUAGCUUGGCCCUGACACCCCACCCUGUGCCUCACCCCAGGGCGGAGCACUUACCCAUGCCCAAGCAGGUGCCAGUGAUGCCCAGAGGUGCGCCACAGAUGUAUCCACAACAGCAGCCCCAGCUUUUCUAUUCAGAGCCCGCCAGACCUCCUCCCUCAGGAUCUCAGUAUGAUGCUCAGUACCCAACAGGUAACCCCUACCAGUACCAACCUCCGCAGUAUGUCCCUUCCCGCUACAUCCGGAAUCCGCCUCCAGGAGAGCCACCUUACCCAGAGCCCUACCCGGGAUACGGCCCAGAUCGCCAAUAUUCGAGCCACCACUCUGGUCCCCAUUUCUCAGCCCACACAUACGCACAGCCCUCACAUUACAGUCGCAGACACGGACACUAUCCCGCACCACCACCUCCGUUUGCCCAGACCAGAGAUGACUUGGUCAGGAUGAGCCCGGUUCCUUUGGACGUUCCCCCGGGCGCUAUGCCUCAACCUCCAGCAGGGCCUGCAGGUUCUCUGUACCACUCCCAGGAACCGUCAUCCAGAGACAGAUACCCACCGGACGGGUACUACACAGCUGGACCGCACCCCAGCCAAAUGAGGUCCCACAUAGGACAGGACCCGUACAGCCGCUCUCAGCCCAGUCUGGAUGACUUGCAUCGCAGGCGCAAAGAGCUGCUUGUCCAGCUAGAGGAGAGAAAAGUCAUCUCUCCUCCCCCCUUCGCUGCCUCUCCGACUCUCCCUACACACCCGUUCCCCAACGACUACCCUCGGGAGUAUUUGGAGGACGGCUCUAAAGCCUUUGGGAGUCGGGAGCCAGACUACACUGGGCAAUAUUCCCCCUGGUCAUGUGACACCAUAGGAUCAUACAUUGGCUCCAAGGAUGCUAAACCAAAAGAUGUCAGUAGUGCUGUGGAGAUGAUGAAUGCAGAGGGGAAAGUUCUCCGUGAACCUCCACUGGACACUCAGCGGCGCUCUGCGGAAGCCAAAGACGACGAUCCCAUCAUUCCCUUUGGUCCUCUGCCCACUGUGUCUCCUUUUGGUGCCAUUUCACGUACCUCUAAAACAGGUUACCAGACCACUGGACCUGUACAGGCCAUAGCAUCCUCACAGGCCUCGGGCUCCAAACACAUGACCAUGACAGCAGACUAUCCGUAUGGAAACCACAGCGGAUGGGGUGGAGCAUCGUACCCUCAGCACCAGAGCAUCAACUCUCAGGGACACUUCAGCGAGCGUCUGCCCGUGUCUGCCCCUGACCGCGAGCAGCUCAAGAUUGAGCUCCAGCAAGUCAACCAACAGAUCAGUCAGCAAACCCGCGGCAUGGAGGCUGCCAGUAACUCUAUGCUCUUGCAGAGGGAGGCGUGUGCGCUGGUGUCUCAGCCCGCGGCUGGAGUGAAGUGGUCUUCAGGUGGCACUGUGUCCAGUGAGCAGCUCAGCCUGGAGCUUGAUCAUGUAGAGCUGGAGAUCAAGAAGAGAACCCGUGAAAUCGCCAUGGAGAAUCAGGUGGCCCAUGAAUACAAGCUGAAGGCCACUGAGAAUGGGCAGCCUGACCGUAAAGUCCAGCUGGAGGAACUCUCUUUAGCAUUGGGUGAGGUGUCUAAUGGAUCCAGUGGCAUGAAGCCAGCCAGUAGUAUGGGAGGAUCUAUGCUGUCGCUUACCAAUAAGACGUCUUCUCUCACCCUCUGCUCCGCCGACCAAGCAGCGAGUAGCUCAGACCUUCAAAAGAAUGGUGUUGUUCACUCUUGCUCUUAAGAGUGUAUUCACACACGCGCGCACACACACACACACACACACACACACACACACACACACAACUUCUCCAGAGAUCAAUAUUCCUUCUCAGAGGGCUUUGAAAUUGAUCUCUUGACUAAUUCGACCAGUUUUUUUAAAUAUUCAGACCGAGUUGAAAUGAGGGACACGCAUUCACACACACACACACACGCAUACACACACCUGCAUGCUGCUAAAUGCAUGCACGACACAAAUUUCUCUGUUGUUUUAUUUAGAAAAAUGAGCAGUAUCUGCCGUGAUAUACAUUUUCUUUCUUUUUGUUCUGUGAAUGAGCUCUUUGUUUUAAUGACUUCUCAUCGCCUGGAAACCAGGGCAUCUGAAUAAUGCUAACUCUGUUGUUUUCCCUAUAUAUCAAGAAAGAACAGUCAACCCAAAGCUAGCACAGACAGGACGACGCAAACCAGUGAAAUCAAAACGAGAUUCGAGCGCACUAUUUUUAGCAUCGGGGCUAGUUGCUGAUUGUGCGGUCGGGGCCCUGUGGAAACGUUCAACUCCCUGGAUCUCUGCGGCCUUGAAUAUGAUCUGACUCACCAGGUUUAAAGUAGCAUGGAGAACCUUUUAUGAAUCCAUUUUUAUGGACCGUUAACACGGGUCUCCCCACAUGACGCUCGACCGUGGCAGUGUAUCGCUGUAAGGCAGUUCGAUCAAGCUCUGGAUGACACAAGGGGGAAGAGAGAGAUAUCUAUAUAUAUAAUCAGUUGUUAGGUUUUGUUUAAUUUAUGGUUUGGCUAUAUAACUGUUAAGGAAUUUGUAAAUGUUUGGCAACAUGUGUCUAAAGCGUUCUGUUUUAUAGAAUGCAAACACUUUUUUCCAUGUUUUCCAUGAGUGUGUGCUUUUUAGUAGAAGAGGUGCAACACUUCGCUUCCCUUGUGUUCUUCAGAGCUCUGUGGUCGGGAUGAGUUUUGUUUCUCCCAGCACCGCAGUCGUUUCGUAAGAUUACAGCCUAUUAGGAAAUUAUUUCAUCCAUUUUCCCUAACUUCUGUGAAGUUGCAUAUUUGGAUCUCCUGGUCGAGUUUGCAUAUUCAGGACUCGCCGCUAAAUCGCUGCAUAGAAGUUCACCAGGGCAGUAGUUCUGCAGGGUUUUGACACUCUGAAAAAAAUUGGUAAAGGGAUAGUUCAACCAAAAAGGAUUCAAUUGCCCUCAUGAUGUUCAAAAUGGAUAUUUUGGGGGGGGGAAACAAUUAUGGACAAUAUGGGGGGAGGGUGAACUGUCCCUUUAAAUAAAAUCCAGAGGGGUGUUCAUUAUAGAUGAGCUAUUUAAUGUCUCAUAGGUUUCCUCUUUAUAAACUCAAAAUUAGUUUGGAAUCAAUUCUCCAUUUUGAAUUUUUACAGAAUAUUUAAUGCAACUCAUGAAUCCAAGCCUGUUGAGUUUAUCCUCCAUCAGCCUGCUUUGACUUAAAUGUGUUUUUACACACCGUAUUCAACGACUGUUUCCGAAAGUGGCCCCGUAAACGAAGAGAACAAGAUUAUUUGAAGUCUGAAGUCUUCCUAUAGUGAUGACAUUCUUCACGUGUGACAUUUUGUUCUAGUCUCUUGAGACCGACUAUGAUAUACAGCUCCAAUUUUGGGUGCAACCUCUUAACGUGUAAUCUUUUGUGGUUUAUGUGCUAUAGCCGUGGUGAUAUAGUUGAUUUCUCUUAUUACGAUGACUUGUAGUCACGGUCAUUAUUUGAUGUUCUUGCUCGUCAAAGAGCACAUGCAGCCUUUUCAAGCAGUCGCCGAGAUUGAAAUCGAGCUGUGCCGACACGCAGAGAUGACAUCAACCUUACUGUCGAGGUUUAGACUUAUCGCAUGAUGUCCGUCACACUUGCUGAGCAAAUUCUCCAGAAUGUUGUCUUUCUUCAUGCUAAAUUGUUACCUCCUCCCUCUCCUCGACGUGGAAAUUGAAUUCUCGUAGUGUUUUUGUUUCAUGCUUUUGAGAUCCCAUGAACUAGAUCUGAGAUGUGCUGUGUAUGGUUAGCUUAAGAUUUAGCUUCUUGCUUCCCUUCUGGUGAAUCUGGCCUCUGAUUGAAUUUGACUUUCUCCUGUGGUUCAAGGCUGCUUUGUAGCCCAAUAAUUCAAGGGAAAUUCAUAAAAACACAUCCAGGUCACAUUUCAGCAAGAAAUAUAAAGGAAAGAAAAUGUGUAGGACCAAUAAAGUUUAAGCACAUCUUUGUCCCCCCAAAUGUUCUUAAUUGUCAGUUAUGCUCAAUGAUCAAAUUUAAAAAAAAUUCUAAAUUGAGGAACGUAACACCAGGAGGAUAUAAUGCACUCUGCGAAUUCCCUUUAAUAUUCAAACAGGGGAAAAUAAAAUAAUUGCACACCGCUUAAAAUGAUGCAGGAUACGUUUUAAUCUUGACUUUACAUCAGUAGAGAUGUGAAAGCGGCCAUGCAUAGUUACACGGCAAGGCUUUUAUACGAUUUCUGCUUAGCAUUCUGAAAAAUGAGAAUUUUCCUCCUCCCUGCGGUUUUCCAAAUUUUCCUGCGCUAACACGCUCCUGCCACCGCUAACAUCAGAUUUUCUUUGGCUCUUGUUAGGCGCAAGCGCUAGCAUGACGAGUGUUCUCUACGAUGGGCAAACGUUUAGCCAGUGCUCGGUGUGUUGAGAUUUUUUCAUUUGGCUUUCAGAGUGCCCAAAGCUGUACUAAUGUAAGCAUUCUCGAGUGAAGCACUGCCAGGAUGCUGCUUUUAUUUGAAUCUUUGGAUUGUAUGGGAAUGUGCUAUCUUGUAUUUAAUAUUUGGCACUUGCUUGGGUGCUGUAGAACUUUUUUUUUGUUUUCCUCUAAUGAUCAGUGAUCUCACUGAGCUAAUUACUUCUGCGUGGAUUUUUUUGUUUGUUUGUUUUACAACCAUCCACACAUCGCAAUUUAUGGGAAACGACUCAGUAAGGCUCAUUUACAGUUUUGUGCAUGAGGUUAUUUUUCCUCAAGUGAGAAAUUGCAGGAUUAUGUGAUUUUCUUUGAGAAUGGGUCUGUUCCUGAUGGAUGAUAUUCAUUUCUCUGACUGGAUCGUGUCUGUUUUGAGCAGACCUGUUGAAUUCAUUUAAAUGAAACGCAAAUUAACUCAUUUUCAACCUUAUAACACUGUUAUGGCUAUCUUUUUUUUGCCGGUUUGUUUUAUUCCUAACUUUUGGGGAAAUGUAAUGGCUUUUUUAUGAUUACUUCCAAGUUGUUAUGUAAAAUCUCUUAAAUUAAGGUACAGGCUCAAUUUCAACAAGGAAAGGUUUUAUAUAUAAAUAUAUAUAUUAUACUCCAUUAAGGAAUGUUUAGAACCAUCUUACUCCAAUGUGGAUGUAGCCAUUAUUACGCCAUUUUAUGACUUUGUAAAAGAAUUCACUGUGUGAAAAUUGGUUUGCAUUUUUGUAUAAUACAAUCUGCUUUUUUGUUUGUUUAAAAGGAGAGAGGGAGGUGAAACUGGAUGUUAAGAGGACAAGAUAAAAAAAUAAAAUAAAAAAUUUAACAGAAACCUGUGAUUAUUGAGAAGAAAAUGUAACUUGUGUACAACAAUGAUUCUAAAUGAGAGGGAUGGAAUAAACAAUAUUGGUAACACUGCUAUAAA